GACUGCAAUAUCAUUUGUGAAUCGCUCUCACAGUGCCGCAGAUAGGGGCUGCAAACGCACGCGGCGCUUAUGCAGGUGAGAAAAGGGCGCUUGGAUUGAGAAUGCGGGACAGUAUGAGGAUUCUCUCGUAGGAAUUUCACAAUAUCUACAUCGGAAUUACAAUUGUCCGUGUUUGUUUCAUUUUUGUUAUUCCCUCAUGGUCAGAGCUUUUGUGCUGGAGAGUUUAUUUUUUAUUUAUUCUUCUCCCUAUUGCCUGUAACUGUGUGAACUAUAAAACACGGACUGCUUGUUUUAAGUGAGUGGAGGUAAAUAAAUCAGAGCGCUCGAUUCUGCUUGGAUAGGCAACUGGACACAAUCACUGCUUCUCCGCCGCUUCAAGGUAAGAGGACGAGCCCCUCCGUAAAGUAGGCUACUGUAUCACCACAACUUGGGAAUCUGUGUGGGCAUUUCAUUGCCACUACUCCGUAUUGGACAUAUCUUCGGACGGGGAAAUUAGGAUUUUGACCAUUUACGUCAUUUCUAUAUCAAUCUUGGAAGAUUUUUUUUGUAACUGAAAAGACUUGGACUGAUUUUAAAUUUCAAUUAAAUAAGAUAGCAUUUCUCUUUACAAGCAUAACAUAUUCGGAUUCCUAAUGAAUUCAUGACAUAUGAUAUGACCGGACUGAACGGACUGUUUCGAUUGUGUUUUGCUCAGUUUUUAUUGAAAGAAGGAAAGAAACAUUAAUUCAGUGGAAAAGGGGGAGAGGAGAGCCCGUGCACUUGCUCUUAUUCAGUGCAGUCGAAGCCGUGUUGGAAGACGUCCGGAGGACGAAGUCUCACACCUCCUGAAAUGGAGGACUUCAAAUAAUCCGAGAACGAAAAUUAUUGUUUUCCAAACACUAUACCAGCAAGUAAACGACAUCCUCAUUUGAUUCAAGGCUUUAAAAUCCAUUCAUUACAUUGCGGGGAACAAUGAGGACUACUGGCGCAGUGGACUAUUUAUGCUACAGUAUACUCAUCCUGCAGCUGCUGAAUCAGCCUGCUGCCAAGCAAGUGCUCCGAUAUCGCUUGGCUGAGGAGGGACCCGCGGAUGUCAGGGUAGGGAACGUAGCCGUGGACCUCGGAAUCGUUGCCGGGUCUGGCGAGGUGACAUUUACCCUCGAGUCCGGAUCUGAUUUUUUCAAAAUAGAUAAUAUAACAGGCGAGCUGACCACCAAUGAACGGCGGAUAGACCGUGAAAAAUUACAGCAGUGCCAAAUGAUAUUUGAUGAAAACGAGUGUUUCAUAGAUUUUGAAGUGUCAGUAAUUGGACCGGCGCAGAGCUGGGUUGACCUGUUCGAGGGGAAAGUCAUUAUUUUAGAUAUAAAUGAUAACACCCCGUCUUUCCCAUCUCCCGUGCUGACCCUAUCGGUGGAGGAGAACAGGCCGAUUGGUACUCUCUAUCUCCUGCCCACGGCCACCGACAGAGAUUUCGGUAGGAACGGAAUUGAGAGAUAUGAGCUUAUUCAAGACAGCGGGGAGAGCUCCAGGCGCCUGGGCUCAAGCUCAGGGGGGCGCGGGGCGGACAGGAGAUUCGACGAGGGGGCAGGCAGGAGCAGCGUCUUUGAACUGCAAGUUGCUGACACAACAGACGGGGAGAAGCAGCCGCAGCUCAUCAUUAAAGGGGCACUGGACAGGGAGCAGAGGGACUCUUAUGAGCUCACCCUGCGUGUUAGGGAUGGAGGCGACCCCCCACGCUCUUCCCAGGCCAUCCUGAGGGUGAUGAUCACUGAUGUGAAUGACAACAGCCCCCGCUUUGAGAAGGCUGUGUAUGAGGCUGACCUGCCGGAGAACAGCUCCCCUGGUGCCCCAAUCCUGCAGCUGAAAGCAGCUGACGCGGACGUUGGGGUGAACGGUCAGAUUGAGUAUGUAUUCGGUGCAGCCACAGAGUCAGUGCGUAGGCUAUUGAGGCUGGAUGAGAGCUCUGGGUGGCUGAGCGUGCUCCAUCGUAUUGACCGAGAGGAGGUGAGCCAACUGCGCUUCACUGUGAUGGCGAGGGACCGAGGCCAGCCGCCCAAAAUGGACAAGGCCACCGUGGUUCUCAACAUCAAGGAUGAGAACGACAACGUGCCAGCCAUCGAGAUUCGUAAGAUCGGACGCAUCUUCCUGAAGGAUGGAGUGGCCAACGUGGCUGAGGAUGUAGUGGUGGACACGCCUAUAGCUUUAGUCCAGGUGUCAGACCGCGACCAGGGCGAGAACGGCAUCGUGACCUGCACUGUGGUGGGUGACGUGCCCUUCCAGCUCAAACCGGCCAGCGAGAUCGAGGGUGAGAUGAAUAAGAAGAAAUACUUCCUCCAUACAUCAGCGCCACUGGACUACGAGGCCACACAGGAGUACAACGUGGUCAUCGUGGCGGUGGACUCAGGAAGCCCUAGCCUGGCCAGUAAUAACUCGCUGAUCGUAAAGGUGGGCGACUUCAACGACAACCCACCCAUCUUUAGCCAGAACGUGGUCGAGGUGUCCUUUCCAGAAAACAAUGCCCCCGGUGAGAGGGUGACCACUGUACAGGCCAUCGAUGCUGAUAGUGGUAAGAACGCGGAAAUCGCCUACUCCCUCGAUUCCUCUGUGAAUGGGAUAUUCUCCAUUAAUGCCGACAACGGGGACAUCAGAGUAAACACCAUUCUGGACAGAGAACAAACAGAGAGGUACCAGUUCAAAGUGAUAGCCAAAGAUAAGGGCAUGCCCAUACUCCAGGGGUCAGCCACUGUGGUAGUCCUAGUGGCUGAUAAGAAUGACAAUGAGCCUAAAUUCAUGCAGGAUGUGUUCACCUUCUACGUCAAAGAGAACCUUACACCCAACAGCCCUGUUGGCAUGGUGACCGUCAUUGACGCCGACAAAGGCCAGAACGCAGAAAUGAGCCUCUUCAUCGAGGAAGAGGAGGAGAUCUUCUCCAUUGAGAACGACACAGGAACCAUUUUCUCCACCAUGUCGUUUGACCGCGAGCAGAAAACCACCUACACUUUCCGGGUCAAGGCUGUGGACAGUGGAGACCCACCCAGAUCAGCCACUGCCACCGUGUCACUCUUCGUGAUGGACGAGAAUGACAACCCGCCGACCGUUACCUUCCCCAUCAAUAGCUCAUACACCCUCCUGCCCCCCUCCAGCAAUGUCAGGACUGUAGUACGAACCGUCAUGGCCACCGAUACCGACACAGGGAUCAACGCUGACCUAAACUACAGUAUCAUCGGGGGCAACCCUUUCAAACUGUUUGAGAUCGACGGGGGCAGCGGGGUCAUCUCACUUGUUGGGAAGCUGGAGCAGAAACACUAUGGCCUCCACAGACUGGUGGUCCAGGUGAACGACAGUGGCCAGCCCUCGCAGAGCACCACCACCCUGGUGCACGUCUAUGUCAACGAGACCCUCUCCAACUCCACUAUCGUUGAGGCCCAGGUGGCUAAGAGCCUGGGCACUCCGCUCAAUACCAACAUCGCCGGUGACCCCAACUACGACCUGGGCAAGCAGCGGCUGAGCAUUGUCAUCGGCGUGGUGUCGGGCAUCAUGACGGUAAUCCUCAUCAUCCUCAUCGUGGUCAUGGCUCGCUACUGCCGCCCCAAGAACAAGAAUGGCUACGAGGCGGGCAAGAAGGACCACGAGGACUUCUUCACCCCUCAGCAGCAUGACAAGGGCAAGAAGCCCAAGAAGAACAAGAAGAACAAACAGCCGUUGUAUAGCAGCAUCGUCACCGUCGAGGCCUCCAAGCCCAAUGGCCAGCGCUACGACGGCGUCAAUGAGAAGCUGUCCGACAGCCCCGGGAUGGGCCGGUACCGCUCCGUCAACGGAGGGCCCGGAAGCCCGGAUUUGGCCCGGCACUACAAGUCCAGCUCGCCACUGCCCACGGUCCAGCUCCACCCCCAGUCGCCCACGGCCGGGAAAAAGCAUCAGGCUGUUCAGGACCUGCCCCCUGCCAACACCUUCGUUGGCACCGGAGAUAACAUUUCCCUUGGAUCUGACCACUGCUCUGAGUACAGCAGUCAAACCAUCAACAAGUACAACAAACAGCCGUUCCGCCGAGUGACCUUCUCGGUGGUGAGCCAACCCCAGGACCCACACCAGCAGGGAUCGCUGCAGAGCUGCUACGACAGCGGGCUGGAGGAGUCGGAGACGCCCAGCAGCAAGAGCUCUUCGGGGGGCCCCAGGCUGGGUGCAUUGCCCCUGCCCGAGGACAGCUACGAGAGGACCACGCCGGAUGGCAGUGUCGGUGAGGCAGAUCAUAUGGAAAAUGACACCCGGACCUUGCCUGACGUAGCCAUGACAGGCAAGUGCACCCGGGAAUGCGACGAGUACGGCCACUCGGACUCCUGCUGGAUGCCUGUGCGCACGUCGCCCGAGCGACGGCCCAAGACGACCACCACCCAACAACCAAAGCUUUCCACCUUCAUGACCAGCGGCGGUAGCGGCAGCAACCCUCCCGAGCAGCAACAACAGCAGCAUCCUGGCAGCCAGGAAGCCCUGGUCGCCAUGGCCAACGGAGACCCCUCCUCUCACGUGAUGCUGGGCAACGACCGCAACCGCAACUUGCUCAAUAAGAAGAUGGCCUCCUCCUCGUCCUCCUACGAAGCCUUCGGCUCGCCCAGCUUCAGCCCGCCGGGGGUCGAGGAGGGGGUGGUGGUGGGUCACCCCAUCGAGGAGAUCCCCCUGGCCCCCACCGGGGAAUACAAACCCUCAUCCUGUGGCACGCUCACCCGCCGGGAGGUCUACCUGUGAGGGGGGCGGUGGAGCUAGCGCCACGGUACGCAUGGUUCUAACAACAAACAACAACAACUAUAGUAGGCAACCACGACGACAACAACUGAAGACACUUUUUACUGUACCAGACCGACCUUAACUGAGUAGACUAGGUCCAAGGAUAACCCUUCUCCAAGACAACAACAAACAUCAAAAACAACAACGUGAAACAAUGCUAAAAUCAACGUGGAUACAAAGAUAAUCCCUUUUUGAAAUUCAGAUUCUGACCUUAUCUUGCAAGAGGAAGAGGAGGAUGGGGCUAUUGGUGGGACUUGAAGCGAGACAUUGGAUAACUGCUGCCGGCCGGCGAGUCGGGCCAAUGGGAACAUUACUGCUGCCUGAUGAUCACCACUGUACAAUUACCAACUCAUUUCCAUAAAACAUGCAUGCAUUAUCUCUCCCUGACCCCACCACCUCCCAAAGACUGUACUGUACAAAAGAGGACAUUCCUUUUUCCCCUAUCUUUUUCUAUAACUUGAGUGUGACAAUGAAACGUCUGACAGAGGACCGAUGUCAUGCCUUUUGGGGACUUAGUGACACUCCCACCCUGAUGCAAAUGUCAUAUACAUUCAGUAAUGUGUCACGUAACACGUCACGUGUCAUGACCCCCCCCCCUCCCCCCGUGCUACCCACUCUUGAUCCCGUCAUUUCAACAGCUUGUGAUAUAAAGUUGCGUUCCUCCAAAACACAACCAAACAACAACAGACUGUGAAAGCUACUAGCAUGGCAUCAUAGAUCAUAACACUUGGGAAAGACUAAGCUUUAACUUUCUGUCCUGUGGAUAAGACGGUGUGUAUCGCCUCAUUCGUGGCAGAAUAUCAUUGACAAAUGGAGGAGUCAAUACGGUUGGCAAUGUCCUAACCAUAGGAUGCAUGAUGAAUGUGUGAUGAACUGAUGUCCAAGUAUGCUGAUAUACGAGUGUGCUCACUUUGUCUCUCUCAUAGACACUAACACAAGUGUACAUUGUACAUAUACAUCGAUUCAGACCCUUUGACCUUUAAAGCUCACUUGUCCCUCUACCUUUCUCUGUCUCUCUUUCUCUGUCUUUGGGUGGCCUGAGAGUUGAAGACUAAAUCCGCCCUUCCAGAUGUAAGUUUCUAUCUAGAGCCAAUCUGAACUGGCUGUCGUUCUUUGCUUGAAUUGUGUAAUAUGUGUACGUGGUUGUGCAUACUGUAUCACCCCCGGAAAAUAUUGAUUCCUGUUCAGAUGAAAGUUAUAAAGCUGAUUAUGGUUUCUCUUGCCCACAUAGACAAGCAGACACAAAGCAACACACAGCAAGCAUGUCAUGGUUACACUUUAGGUGAGUUAGUUGAGGGAAGUGCUGGGUAUGUAAAAGUAAACACGACAGGGUAGGUUGAGCCGGUCUAGUAAAGCUAUGUGGCGAGGCUUUGCCGUGACAUUUAUUUUGUGUUAGCGUGUGUGCUAGAUUGAACAGUACAUGCCAUAUGGUACACGACACUGACACGACACACUAUCUAUCGUAUAAUAGUAAGCAUAGUACACUCUAAGUCCAUGUCCACCUUCCCAUAAAUGGAGAUGUCACUAAUGGCAGAAGUACAUUUUCAUAUUGACACAGACAGACAUCUUUUGAGCACGAAUGUAAGAAUCUGCUCAAUGAAGUACAAUCAAAAAUACCUACUGAUGUACAGUCACAAAAAGGUGUGUGAAAAUACAAUGGUUUAACAUUGUACCUUACAAGUUAGUAUGAGCGAGAAACCAAAACAUAGGGAAUACAAACUGGCAUAUGGAUUCAUAAUUUAUCAGAGAGUAACUACAAUACCACAUAGAAAUAGCUUUCGGUAGUUAUGUUGCUUUAAAUACAUACGUGUAAAUGUAUAGUGAGAGUAUAGGUUGAAUUGAGCAUGGGCACAACAUGUAGGAGAACAUCUGUUCUAGUUUGGACUGACACUUACAACCAUGUGCACACACAUAAUAUGAAGAUAUUGUGCCUCCUUACCCAUCGCAAGUUGUGUUUUUCCGCCGGUACUGUAAGUAGGCACAAGGUCUUGCCGCCAUAACUGAGAAAAAUAAUAUCAGAUGCAAUGGAAACCCUUGUAUAUGUUAGCUAACCCUUUGGUUCAAAACAGCUGCUAUUUGGCAGUCCACCAAUCUGUAGUCUGUAAGUACUACUUGUCGUUCGAAGAAGCGCUCCUAUGCUUAUAAACUGUAUACAUAAAUAUGUACUUUUUACUGCAUGUUUAAAGGGAAUUUACUUCACUUAAUAAGGAGAAAAAAAUGUAAAAGAAAAAUGUACAAAAAAAUUCCUUAACCUGUGAACAUGGAGGUCCAUCUUGUUGCUUGCUUUUGUUAUACCUAACAGACAUUAGCCAUGUAGUACAAUUAAUAAGUAUAUCAGUUUGAGGAGGAAGAAAUGUAUGUUUAUUUAGCAUAUUUCUUUCAUGUUCCAUCAUAUUUUGUUGAUUGUUGGUUUGUUUUGUUCCUUUCAGACACCUUUUCACAGCGUUCCCCAAUUCCAUUGAACAGUAAACCCUACAGUAAACCCUACAGUAAACCCUACAGUGAUAACAUAAAUUCAGUUGAGGUAGUGCUACCCUAUCCUGUGUCAUCACCUGGAAAAGUCUGACGUACAUAAUACAGUGAGACGAUUCGCAACUUUCUACCGGCAUGGCAUUUCUGGUUAAUUUCUCCCUCUUUUUUUUUGGUAUUUGAUAUACAAUAACAAUCAGAACCUUGGAAAUGAUCAUCAUUAUGUAUUUUAUUAGUUUUUUCUCUUUUUCUCUUUUCUGGUGCAACUUUGUAUAUUUAGAGUGCUUCUGUAAAAAAAGAAAAAUGUAAAAAAAAAACUAAACUGUAGAGUGAAUGCAAAAUAUGCAAUUGUGCCUUUUUAUACCGAUUGGUAUGAUUCAAUGUUGGUUUGGAAUGGUACAAAACCAAUUAUGCUGACAUGCUUUCUAAAAGUAGUGGGGAUGAUAUUAUAGUCCAAUUUUAAAUACCUCCUGAGGAACAAUCCAGUUACUUUCUGUCUUCUCGGGAUGUGACCAGUCAAAUGUUUGUAAGCCUGUUGACACAGUGUGGUACAAUGAUGUGGAGUGGCUAUUGGAUGGGUCUCAACGUGGAACGUUCAAGGUAUUAAUAUCCAUUCCUAGCAUAGUGUACUUUCAUAACCAAAUUACUACUUUUUGUACUGCUUAAUACUAGUAAUAAUGAUGACGUAAUGGAAAAAUGAAAUAUCCUAUUGCUACGGUGUUCUGCUGAUGUACAUGUUCAGUGCGACAACCUUAUGUGCAUGCAACAACUCUCCUGGAUUGAACACAUUGAGUGUAGUAGAAGAAACGCUUGGAGACAUUUGACAGUUCAGGACGCGAGGAAGCCAAUAAAUGCUAAAUGCAGAGGUUGGAAAAGUGAGGAGUAAAAAAAUAAAAAAUAAAAAAAAUGCUGCAAGGUCGAGAUGCUGACAGAAUGCACACCUCAGGACAUAAAGCAACCCCUAAAACACAUUUACAACACAUGCAUUACCAAAAAAAACUCAACACAUUCACAAAUUCGACAAAGCAUGGUGCGUUACAACACUGGAAACAAGAAAGAAGUUGUGUAGUGGGUUCUCAUUGUGUUAUACUUUCAGUGAACAUAAAGGAAAUUGCAUGUCUGUGUUUCUAGAAAGACUGAGAAAGUUCUAUAUAGAGAGGUAAGUGUUAAAAUAAGCUUUUUUGAUUGUCAAAAAAUGCAACUCUUUACUCAAACAUUCAAUAGGCUACUUGUGCUUACUUGUAAAUGUACAAUAUUAUCUGAUAGAAAAGAAACAGGGACAAUAUCAAAUGGUUCCUUCCUUGACCUGGUAAUCCACAGAUGAGUCAAGUUUGGUUUUUAGAAGAAAAACAGAAUAAAAUGUAUCAUAUUUUUGCUACCUGAGGUGAAUGUUUAGUCAGAUCUCUCUCCUAUUCGUUGUUGAGCAUUCACAGUCUGUGAUGAGAUUUGUAAUAUUAACUAUAAACUAUUUGUCCUGCGACUUGGAUGUUGAUAUAGAAAUUGAGUAAACAGUUUAUCAUUGUUUAAUUAAGUAUGAGUCACUAUGCACGCAGCUUAGCUGAACAUGGCAAAAUGUAUUGAACGCAAGUCAACUUCUAUUUAUGAAAUAUUUUACAUAAUUUAAUUUGCUUUUGUACAGGUUUCUGUAAAUAAAUUGCUUGUAAUUUUUGUCUCUGCAGAAAUUAAAAUAUAACAUGGUAAAACUA